AUGUCGAAGAUUGCUCGGACUCUGGUGAUCCCCAGGCACAACAUCCACCGAUUGCCGGCCGCACCCAUCCAACCGGCGGAGGACACAUGGAUCACAGAUCUGAUGGAGUACCUCGAGCACGGUCGGCUCCCAGACGACCCCCAACGUGCUCGGAAAUCCAAGCUCAGAGCUCCUAGGUUUCAGGUGCAAGAUGGUCGUCUGUAUAGGCGGUCGUAUGGUGGCCAUCUCAAGCGUUGCUUGACUGCGUUUGAAGCUGAUUUGGUUAUGAAGGAAUUGCAUUCGGGCAUCUGCUCGUCACAUCAAGGAGGCCGAUCGUUAGCUCGCCGUAUCAUGCUGAUCAGCGACAACGGCCGCCAGUUUGUAAGCCAGUACUUCCAAAACUUUCUUGCCACGAUCGGGACAACCUCCAUCCGGUCAUCAGUGGCUUAUCCCCAGGGAAAUGGACAGGUCGAGAAUGCUAAUCGGAUGAUUCUGGAAGGUCUGAUGAAGAAGUUGCACUCCGCCGGUCGUAGCUGGGCCGAUGAGCUCCCCUAUGUUCUUUGGACUUAUCGAACGACCCCGAAGGAGGCAACUUUGGAGACUCUUGUGGGGGCUAGGGUGAAGGAAGGAAGGAAAUCCAAGGGCCAGGCGAUCGGGAAGACCCAAAAUGGACAGGCCGAAAAACUUUUUUGA